UAAAUAACAAUUUAUUAAAUUAAUUUUAAAGAGUACAAAAAAAAGAUUUUAAAUAAUUUAAAUUGAUGAGUAAAAAAUGGAUCCAUGUGGUGUAUGUUCUAAUAAAGAAUUUUAUCUUGCUGAUGGACAUUAUUUUUGUUUCGAAUGUAAUACACAACAAGAGAAACGUGAAGAAGUUAAUGUCUACGUUUUUGAUCCAAGUGUAAGAGCAAAAAAAAAACGUAUAAAAAAACCACAAAUAGUAAAUAAAAAUGAAAUUGAACUAAGUGGUUGGACAAGUUGGGAACAAUAUAAUUAUAUACUUUAUAAUUUAACACAAGAUAUAUUGGCUAUAACAAAUGUUGAUAUUAAAAUAACAGUAUUACAAUUAUGGGCAACAUAUUUAGGCAAAAUUCAAGUUGCAUUUAUGUCAAGAAAAACAAGUAAAAAAGAGCUACCAAAACUUUCACGUAACUAUAAAAAAAAAGAUUGUCAAAUAAUAUAUAAAUAUGAAGGUAAAAAAGGAAGAAAACGUAAACGUUCACAUUCAGUUGCAUCAUCGAAAAGUUGUGGUUCAUCAUUGACAUCUAGUGAAGCAACUGGAAUUAAUUUCACUGAUCGUGUACGACAAUUAAAAAGAGACAAGAAAGCAUUUUAUCUUAAUGAAUAUGAAAAAAGAAGUGACUCUGGAACAGACAUAACAAGUAUUACAAAUAUAACACUAUCAAGUUAUCAUUCAAAUGCAAGUAAAUUAAAAAAAAAAGAUAAAAUUAAUUUAUAUCGUCGUUUUAAUAAAAUUUCAAUUGAACGUGAAAAAAAAAAUAAUGAAAAAAUAAAAACUAUUAAAAGUAAAAAAAUUAAAAGUGAUAAAAUUGAUAAAUUAAUAUUAAAAUCACAAAAUAUAGCUGAACCAGAUUGUCUUGGUUUAACAAAAUUAUGGGGAAUAUUAUAUAUUGCAUUAAGAAUACAUGAUUCAGAUAUACAUUUAAGUGAUUUAUUGCGAUUACAUAAUGAAGGACAUUUAAAAUAUAAACAAUUACAUAAUAAAAAUGAACAAGAGCCAGAAAAAAAAAUAACAAAUAAUACAGAAUUAUCAUAUCAAUCAUUAAUUGAUACAUCAUCAAAGUUAAUUAAAUUUUUAGGUGUUUCACAAAUACCAUCACCAAAUUUAAUAACAUUAAUUAAAAGAUAUUGCAUUGAACUUCAAUUACCAAAUGGUAUUGGAAUUUAUGCUGAACGUAUAUUAUCAAAAUCACCACCAAUAUUUACAGUUAAAAAAAAAACAAUGUAUACAACAUUUCCAAAUUAUGAAGCUAAAGCAAUGGCAAUUAUAAUAACAAUUUUAAAAAUAUUAUUUGGUCUUGAUGGUGUCACAGAAAUCGAAAUGAGUCGUGUUGUUGAUAAAAUUAAUACAGCUGCUGAAGAACGAGGCAACAAUGAUAGACUAUUUAAUUUUUGUGAAUGGCAAAGAUACAUUGAAUGUCGUAAAACAAUAAUAAUGUCACAACAUUAUCCAACGAAAUUUAGAUAUUAUCCAAAAACACCAACUGAAAAUAGUGAUUUAUAUGUAAAUUAUUUAAAAGAAUUUAAACCAAUUGAUGAAAAUACAAAAUUAAAUGAUGAUUUAGAUGAUAAUGAUGAUUAUAAUGAUGGUUAUGAUCACAAUGAUACACAAAAUUAUAAUAAUACAAUAUUUAAAAAUAAAAUAAAUAGAGAUUUAGCUCAAACAAUUGAUCAAAUGACAAACGCCAUGAAAGAUGAAGUUAAUAGAUUGAUUGAACAAUCACCAAUAAUAAAUGAUAAUAUAAAAUUUGAUUUUUCAUUAACACCAUUGUAUUCUUAUCUUGAAAAAUUAAAAAAUAAUACUGAUAUUGAUAUACCAGGUUUUUUAAGACUUGAUUUAACUUCAUCUAAAAUUGGCUAUAUCACAAAUCCAGAUAUGUUUAAAGAACAUGCUGCUGACAAUGGAUUUGAUUUGAUAAUUGUUAAAUCAUCAGCAAAUUAUGUUGAAAAAAUUGUACCAACGUGGGAUGGUUGUACUGGUAAUUUACUCAUAAAAACACCAGAAAUAUUUAACAAAGAUGUGCCAGUUGUAUUAUCAACAAUUGAAGAAAAUAAUGAGAUAAUAAUUAAUAGCUUAAAAAAUGAUGAUCAUUUAACGUAUUUUCAUUCGAAAAAUUAUGGUAAAUUAUAUAUUGAUAAAAGAAAACAAAAAGUUUAUCGAAAUAUGUGUAAAGCUGAUGAGAAAAAAUUGAGUAGAAAAAAAAUCGAAAAAAAUGCAAUUGAUGAUUUUGGAUUUGGUCUAGUUAAACCAAAUGGUGAUUUGUAUGUUCCUGAUGGUGACAGUGAUUCAUCAGAUUCAUCUGACAAUGAUGAUAGUAAUGAUAAUGAUGAUAAAAAUGAAAAAAUAUUACUAUCGAAAUUUGAAAGGCUAAAUAUUGAUGGAACAAUUUGUAAAUUAUAUACAAAUAAUAAAUUAGAUAAAUCAUCAAAAGUAUCAUAUGAAAGAAAUAAAUUAUGUGAUUGUUUAAUGUGUGAAAAUUGUUCAGAUGAAGAUGAUGAAAUAGUUGAUGAUAAUAUUGAUAAACAAAAUGAAAUAAUUGAUGAUCAUGAUGAAAAUCAAAAUGACAAUGAAGUAAUUGAUGAUUAUAGUGAAAAUCAACAUGAAAUAGUUGAUGAUAAUAAUGAAAAUCAACAUGAAAUAAUUGAUAAUAAUAAUGAAAUAAUUAAUAUUGAAAAAGAUAACGAAAUAAUUCAUAUAGAUGAUGAAAAUGACAAAGAAAUAAUUGAUAUUGACGAUGAAAAUGAUGAUGAUGAAAUAAUUCCUAUUGAUGUUGAUGAUAAUCAUUCUGAUUCUGAACAAGAAAUAUUAAUAUUAUCUGAAUCAAUAAAUGAUAAAAAUAAAUUAAAACAAGAAAUAAUGUUUAUACCAUAUAAAGAUUUUUGGCUAAGACGUGUUUCUGAUUGGCGACUAAUGACAAAUCCAAAAUUUACAGAUAUUAAAUUAGAUUUACCAUUUAACUAUCGUUGGUUAUUAACUGAAUGUUCAAAAAUUAUAAAUAUCGAUGAAAAAUUAUUGUUUCAUGAAAUUUGUCGUGUUGAAAGUUAUUUUGCUGAUGUGUUGUCUGUUGAUGUUGGUGAUGGUCCAAAAAAUAAUAAUAAAAAUAAAAGUACAAAAUUCGAUCAGUCGACUGAUUAUAAUAGAGCAUCUAUUAAAAAAUUAUGGUUAAAUUAAUUAUGUAUCUGUUGAAUGAUGACAGAAAUAUAUAUAAUUUUUAAAUGUUUGAUGAAAAAUAAAGAAAAAAUAAUUUUAAUUAGA